AUGUUAAGAUCGUCUGCUCGUCGUUCCAUCACUCCGGUUCUAAAACGUUUCUACUCUCAUAAAGAGAUUAAAUUUGGCGUGGACGCUAGAGCCUCCCUUCUAAAAGGUGUAGAAAUACUGGCUGAUGCAGUCUCCGCUACCUUAGGUCCGAAAGGUAGAAACGUUCUGAUUGAACAACCUUUCGGUGCUCCAAAAAUUACCAAAGAUGGUGUCACUGUUGCUAAAUCAAUCGUAUUAGAGGAUAAAUUCGAAAAUAUGGGCGCUAAACUACUUCAAGAAGUCGCAUCAAAGACAAAUGAAGCUGCAGGUGAUGGUACUACAUCCGCUACAGUUUUAGGCAGAGCUAUCUUCAGCGAAUCCGUUAAGAACGUGGCUGCCGGCUGCAACCCAAUGGACUUGAGAAGAGGUUCCCAAGCCGCUGUCCAAAAAGUUAUCGACUUCUUGACCAAGAAUAAGAAAGAAAUCACUACCUCAGAAGAAAUUGCUCAAGUCGCAACUAUCUCUGCAAACGGUGAUGCUCAUGUAGGUAAAUUGUUAGCAUCUGCUAUGGAAAAAGUGGGUAAGGAAGGUGUCAUCACAAUUAGAGAAGGUAGAACUCUGGAGGAUGAACUAGAGGUCACAGAAGGUAUGAAAUUCGACCGUGGGUUCAUCUCUCCAUAUUUCAUCACUGAACCAAAAUCAGGUAAAGUGGAAUUCGAAAAACCAUUGGUUUUACUAAGUGAAAAGAAAAUUUCAGCCAUUCAAGAUAUUUUGCCAGCUUUAGAAUUAUCAAACCAAUCAAGAAGACCUUUACUGAUCGUAGCUGAAGAUAUCGACGGUGAAGCCCUUGCUGCUUGUAUCUUAAACAAAUUAAGAGGUCAGGUUAAAGUCUGUGCUGUUAAGGCCCCUGGUUUCGGUGAUAACAGAAAGAACACUUUAGGUGAUAUCGCUGUCUUAACCGGUGGUACUGUCUUCACAGAAGAAUUAGACUUAAAACCAGACCAAUGUACUAUGGAACAUCUUGGUUCUUCUGAUUCUAUCACCAUCACAAAGGAAGAUACGGUCAUCUUAAACGGUGCAGGUUCUAAACAAAAUAUUGAAACAAGAAUUGAACAAAUUAAAAACUCUAUUGACUUAACCAACACUAACUCUUACGAAAAGGAAAAACUACAAGAACGUCUAGCUAAAUUAUCGGGUGGUGUUGCCGUUAUUAGAGUUGGUGGUUCUUCUGAAGUUGAAGUAGGCGAAAAGAAAGACCGUUAUGAUGAUGCAUUAAACGCCACGAGAGCUGCCGUCGAGGAAGGUAUUUUACCAGGUGGUGGUACUGCGUUAGUCAAAGCUUCCAGAGUUUUAGAUGAGCUCGAAGUCGCUAACUUCGACCAAAAAUUAGGUGUCGAUAUUAUCAGAAAGGCUAUCACUAGACCGGCUAGACAAAUUAUCGACAAUGCCGGUGAAGAAGGCUCUGUCAUCGUUGGCAAAUUAAGAGAUGAAUUUGGUGAAGAGUUCGCAAAAGGUUAUGACUCAUCCAAGGGUGAAUUCACUGAUAUGUUGGCUGCUGGUAUCAUCGAUCCAUUUAAAGUCGUUAGAACAGGUUUGGUUGAUGCAUCAGGUGUAGCUUCAUUAUUGGCUACAACGGAAGUCGCUGUUGUUGACGCUCCACAACCACCAUCUGCUGGUGGUCCUCCAGGGGGUAUGCCAGGUAUGGGAGGUAUGCCAGGUAUGAUGUAA